CAGAAAACCACGUUGAAAGCAACAGUGUUAUUUGAGGAACUGCUGUACUUGACGGAUGGUGCAGGACAAGAUGGGCCCUCUUCGGGGCCUCUGUGCCUCUCCCCCUUUCAGGGGGUUGGGGUAGAAACUGGAUCAAGGAUAGGGGAUUCUCAUGGGGUUGGAGGGUCCAUUGGGGCAGGGCCCCCCAGCAGCUGAGGGCCUCUCUCCCCCUGUCCUGGGGUCCUGGGGUCUCUGGCCCCCAUGAGUCCAGCUCUGAUUGCUCUGCCAAGUUUGCCGUCAUGCCAGGAACUGAGCCUUUCUCCUCGUGAGCUCUCUUGGACCCACAGUAUAUAUUCAGCAGGUGCCCAAUGCUGUGUGCUGUGGACUCGCCUGGGGUUCAUGGAGUGGGCCACGGGGCCCAGCCCUGAGCACUGCUGCGCCCAGGGUCGCCGUCCCUGCUUCUGAGGGGUCCCUGCGCCGCUGGCUCUCACCAUUGCCCUCGCCUGCCGAUGGCCUCUGCUGCCCAGCCUGGGGCCAGCUCUACCGCCUGAGCCCCCUGCCCCACUCCAGGACUCACUGUACCCCGAUGGGGUAACGUGACACAGGCCCUGCACGUCACAGGCCGCUGUCCCCACGGCCGCUGCCUGUGACCCCCGGCCCAAGGCUGCUGGAGUUGGUUCAGUUCAAGUUCAUUCUUCCUCUAGCCCUUGGGGGCUUGGGGCCCACCUCUGAGUGAAGGGGGCUGUCUGCCCAUCCACCGAUGCGGAGGGGGCGCCCCCAGCGUGGGGUCCAGCUCUGGACACUGCUUGGCGGCCGGGUUCACUUUGGGUUUUUAAGUUUUCUUUGCUGAGCUUUUUUGGUUGUUCUUUUUAUUUUUUGCCUGUUUAUGACUAUCCAGCUCUGAGAGACGGGAGUUUGGAGUUGCCCACUUUACUUUGCGGGGGGCUGUUUUGUUCCUUUUCUUUUUUAAGAGUUGGAUUUUCUUUUUUAAUUAUCGAAACACUGGGCAGCUUCCUCCCCCACACCCAAGUAUUUGCACAAUAUUUGUGCGGGGUAUGGGGGUGGGUUUUUAAAUCUCCUUUCUCUUGGACAAGCACAGGGAUCUCGUUCUCCUCAUUUUUUGGGGGUGUGUGGGGACUUCUCAGGUCGUGUCCCUAGCCUUCUCUGCAGUCCCUUCUGUCCUGCCGGGCCCAUCGGGAGGCGCCAUGGCUCGGAUGAACCGCCCGGCCCCGGUGGAGGUGAGCUACAAACACAUGCGCUUCCUCAUCACCCACAACCCCACCAACGCCACGCUCAGCACCUUCAUUGAGGACCUGAAGAAGUACGGGGCUACCACCGUGGUGCGCGUAUGUGAAGUGACCUAUGACAAAACGCCGCUGGAGAAGGAUGGCAUCACUGUUGUGGACUGGCCGUUUGACGAUGGGGCGCCCCCGCCCGGCAAGGUAGUGGAAGACUGGCUGAGCCUGGUGAAGGCCAAGUUCUGUGAGGCCCCCGGCAGCUGCGUGGCUGUGCACUGCGUGGCGGGCCUGGGCCGGGCUCCAGUCCUUGUGGCGCUGGCCCUUAUUGAGAGCGGGAUGAAGUACGAGGACGCCAUCCAGUUCAUCCGCCAGAAGCGCCGCGGAGCCAUCAACAGCAAGCAGCUUACCUACCUGGAGAAAUACCGGCCCAAACAGAGGCUGCGGUUCAAAGAUCCACACACGCACAAGACCCGGUGCUGCGUCAUGUAGCUCAGGACCUUGGCUGGGCCUGGUCGUCACGUAGCUCAGGACCUUGGCUGGACCUGGUGGCCCUGCCCAGCCCUGCUCUGUGCGGCCCAGCGGGGCUCCAGGCCUUGGCUGGCCCCACAUCGCCUUUUCCUCCCUGACACCUCCGUGCACUUGUGUCCGAGGAGCCCCCCCGGGCCCCCGUGUGGCCUCUGGGCCCUUUCUCCUGUCUCUGCCGCCCCCUGUGGCGGUGCUGGCCGUGGCUCUGUCUUUCCGAGGUGGGUUGGGCGCCCUCUUCCCUGGACUCCCUGCCCGCCCCUCCCACACCAGCCGGGUCGGUCUCCUCUAGCCUGUUUGUUGCAGGGCGGGGGUAUAUUUUGUAACCACUGGGCCCCCAGCCCCUCUUCUGCAACCCCUUGCCCUGACCUGUUCUCGGCACCUUAAAUUAUUAGACCCCGGGGCAGUCAGGUGCUCCGGACACUCGAAGGCAAUAAAACAGGAGCCGUG